CAAAGCUGUACAUCUUCAUACCUCACAUCUGCUGGGUCAACGCUAACAGCUGAAGUCAUGAAUGUAGGAAUCUGUGUGUGUGUUCUCCUGGCUGCUCUGUCCAGCGGCUCCCUGAGUCUGCCCUCACAGCCCUCGGCGGAACGGGUUGACAGUGAGGCUCUCCUGUCAGACAGCCUCCCGCCCAACUCAGUCAACCACACACGCCAGGCUCGCUCAGCUCCGCUGCCCCCUGCGGGCCAGCUAGUCAACUACAACCAGCCUCAAGACGAUGCAGACCCCAGUGCCAGGCUGAGCCAGCUGCUGGUCAAACUGAUCUCCAGGAGGGGCUCUCUCCAGUCCAGAUCCUCCCUCACCAGCAGAGCCAGCGGCCUGGGCCCCAGCCACAGGACAAAGGACAGUGAUUACCUGGGCUGGAUGGACUUUGGACGACGCAGCGCCGAGGAGUAUGAAUACUCCUCCUAAAGGCACGACAUUCAUUCUCUGAACCCUGAAUAAGAACCCCCUGACACCUCCAAUAAAAGCCCCACAAGUAGCCACAAACAAAUAUAAGCCCUUUUCACACUGUGCUUAACCCAGGUCUUUCAUGACUUCCCCCUUUCACAGCAAACAAUAAUGAAUAUUGAACACUGAUAUCCAGAGAACUGUUUAGGAGAGCUCUAAAAUGUACACAAGAGGGUCAAUAUUCACACCCAGGGCUUUUGGGACCCUUGGCGGUGUAUGGCCCCAGGGUGUGUGAGAAAUUACAUGCAAAAUUAUUUUCGUACAACUUCAUCAUAUGAAGCGAGCUCACCCGCCCCUCUAAAGUGGCUAUCCUGGGACGCCAGCAACAGCCAGGACAUUUGUUUGACACUGUAAGUUGGGCUUAGAUGGACACUGGUUUGUUAGUUUUUUGACUUGUCAACUGAGUUUAGAUGCUUAGAGAAAGCUAAUGAUCAGUAGUUGGAUUUAAGUUGGGAGGAUGGAUUUAAGUCACAAAAAUAAAGCAGUAUAUCAAAAAAAGGGGAGUGAUCCUGGUACGACUCUUCACCUCAAAAGACCAGCCCGACUGGUUGAGGCUAACCCUGGGCUAAGACCCUGCAGUGUGAAAAGUACAAGAUAUGUUUUGGCCGGCACAAGAUGCUGUCUAUAUGAGAUGCUUGGGACAGGGGAUUAGGAUUAACAGGAGUGGAUAGUGACGACAUGAAGCCCCAGCUGGAGAUUUCCCCCUUUUCUUUUGAAGAUUAUAUUAAUUUAAUUACUAUGUAUGUGAUCUAUGUAUGCUUUCCAAAAGCACAUCCCUAUCAGCUUUCAGAUUUACUCAAAAGUACAAAUAAAGUUCUGUUUUCUUCUGAUGUCAACCAAAAAAAAAAAAAAAAAUCCAUAGAUGUUUUGUUUGGAAUUAUAAUGUUAAGGUUUUAAGUUUAAAGCGGAUCCCAGGUGUUCCAUGUAGCCACACCCAGCAUUCAGGACGGUGCAGCAUUAUUCAGUGUUCAGACAGAGAAAUAUGAGAGCCAACGGGAACGGGAAAGUCAACGGGAAACUUGUGCCAUUUUGUGCCCCCCAUCAUAAGCAUUCGGUGCCGUUCAGAUGGCCUGAGUGAAGGCGACACUAUGAUCGGUCUCUGUGGUUAUGUGCAGUUCCAGUGGAGACAUUACAGUGACACUGCAGGAUUCGCUUCAAUGUCAUUUUGUUUCUCCAAUUAAAUGAAAGUCAGUACUUAUGAGCAGGGCCUCUUAAGGUUCCAGGUCCAUUUUAAAUCAACAAGUGAAGUAACUGGCUUUCCAAAAAUCGUUUGUGAUUGUCUGCAGCACAAACCUGAACGUGCCCCAAUGUGAACAGAAUAGGCGAGAAAUUACCUUGGAAAUAGACAUCAUUGUCUCCGGAUAAUAGAUUAAAUUCAUGAUGUAUUUGAUGUAAAUUUGUUUGUAAAACUGAAAUGAAGCAAUAUAAAUGUACGUAUAUGGAUGAUUUUUGAUGAAAAUAAUAAUAUGGGAGAAGAAA